GGAUUGAUAUUUAUGGUCAUGGAAAAAUGUAAAAUAACCGAUAUAAAAAGACCCAUCACUUCAACACUUACCCUCUUUAUUUAACCUCACAUUUUAUCAUAAUCAUACAUAUCCUCUGAUGCAGCAUUAAACUCUCAGUUCGCAAUUCACCAAUAUCUUCACCCCUCCUCCAUCUCUCUCUCUAUCUCUCUCUCGAUCGCUCAACUUUCUUUCUCCAAGAAUCUCUCUUCCUCUAUUCGACAACGAAAGGCAAGAAUCCUAAGAGAUUUCUCUAUCUCUCUUCACCGGCAACAAUGCCGACUAACCAAAGUAUCGUCAGUUUCCUCAUCGUCUUCUUCCUUCUUUCAACCGCAACAGCAGCGGCAAGAAACUGGACUAACGGAUCCCACGGAGCCAACGGGAGGUUUCAACACGCGUACUACUCAUAUCCUCACCGCUCAUGCCAAUCUUUCUCUCGUCCCUACGCACGCUCUAUGUGCAUUGAGCUCGAAAGAAUCCACAGAAGCAGCCGACAACCCCUUUUCUCUCCUCCUCCUCCUUCUCCGCCGGAGAUUGACGAAAGAUACGGCGUCGACAAAAGACUCGUCCCCUCCGGUCCAAACCCACUUCACAACUGAAACACAUUUUGAACUGUACGUACGUAGAGAAGUAACAAGAUUUCUUGGAGUGGAAGAAAAGAAGCUAGUAGCUAGGGUUUCAUCGAGAUUUCUUGUAAAUCUUGUUUCUUUUAAACUAGUUUUCUUGAUGUUUGUUUUCUACUUACGUACUACGUUAUGAGCAAAACUAUAUGUUGCUAUUUCCAUGCUUGUUUUUUUUGAGGCCUUUAUCAGGAAUAUAGGGCAGAAACAAUCUUGGAAAUAGUUUAUAUUUGGAUCAAGGAUAUUGCUCUUUUACUCCCCUAGUUAUUACUACAUCCAUACAUUGGUGUGAUUGAGACAGGAGUAGGUUGAUGAUGAUCAAGAGAAACACAUGAGUUCCAUUAAUUUGGGUGGCUGUAUUACCUCUCUCUAAAGUCUCUAUUCUUUUUUAUGGACUUUAUGAUAUUAAUGGACCUUCGCAAUCAGUGUUGGGCUUUAUUAGCUGUAGCAUGAUGGAUGCAACCGCAAAAGCACAGAAUUCAAAGCCCCAAGUGUAUCAUCUACUUUUUUGUAACCAGUGCAAUUUAAAUAGAAACAAUUACACUCAGAGACAGUUUCAUGUUUUUUAUAACACUAUGAGACAGUUUUUGCUACUAGAGCAAUUUCUUUUAACUAAUCUCACUUUCUAUCUAUUUUCUAACUAAAUGAGUUAACUAACUAUAAAGUUGACCAACUAAACUUUUAGAAGACUUUUGUGUCCUAACGUCUUUCUCUCUCCCUUUUUGAUUUUUUAUUUAUAUAUUUUUUUUUUUUCCAAAUCUCAUACAACAUUAUUUUUUUCCAGAUUUUUUUUUCAGAUUUUAUCCUAACAUCUUUUUUUUUCCAGAUCUCAAGCCCAUGACCGCUCCAUCUCGGAUCGUGCUUUUAAGAUCAAAUCCAUGAUUUAGGAAUGAAAACUAUCACAUCUGGGUAAAAAUACAUCAAAAUAAGUUGAAAAUAUAAAGAAUCGUGAAAAUAUACGAGAUAGGCGGAGAUUAAGGUUUUUGGACGACAAUGGCUAAGGAAGGAGAUAAAGUCAU